GGGAAGGGGAAACUAUCAUCCUGAUUGGUCGGUCAGAUUGUGGAGGGGCGCAGUGUAACUCCAGAGGGAAUAAAACAGCGCACUUUCGCCGGCUUAGCAUCAUUCCGAGUUUGUUCUCUGUUCUGUUUUGAACGUAAACUUUAUUCUCUGCAAAAAUGACUGGUCGUGGAAAGGGAGGAAAGGGAUUGGGAAAAGGAGGAGCAAAACGCCAUCGUAAAGUGUUGCGUGAUAACAUCCAAGGCAUCACCAAGCCCGCCAUCCGUCGUCUGGCUCGUCGUGGUGGAGUGAAGCGUAUCUCAGGAUUGAUUUACGAAGAGACCCGUGGUGUCUUGAAAGUGUUCCUUGAGAACGUGAUCCGUGACGCCGUCACUUACACAGAACACGCCAAGAGGAAGACCGUCACCGCCAUGGACGUCGUCUAUGCCCUCAAGCGUCAAGGCCGCACCCUGUACGGUUUCGGCGGUUAAAUUCAUCCAUCAUCAUCAUCAUCAAAAAACAAACAAUCGGCCCUUUUCAGGGCCACUAAAUA